AUGGCAAAGCUACCCAAGCCCCCCAAAUCGUUUCCUGUAAAAUCUACGAUACCGACGAAGCCCGCAACACCACUGCUUAGGCGCAUGCCCCGAGCGCAGCCGACUGCUGAGCAUCUGCUACGAGUACCCGAGAACCAGACGCCCGAGCAAGCAGCGAAGAGAGUGUGGGCGGCACGUCCACGGUUGUCGGAUCUGCAGCGGUUAUCGGACGAGGAGUUGAAGUCGGCACACCACCAGGCUAAGCUGCGAAGAUGGAGACAAUGGCCCAUGUUUGGCAUUGGCAUGAUUGCGUUUGGCAUGGGCACAUAUGCAGCUAUGCUCUGGACGUCGCUGACUCAUGAUGCGGACCUGAAGGAUUUGCCAGCGGAUCUCUCUGAUCGGUUUGACAAGGAGGCCGAGGGCUACGACGAGAAAGUAGAUACAUCGGAGACGCUGCUCUUUCUGACUGGAAAGCGCAAGAAGCUCACGGCCAGGGCAAGGGGACACGUGCUGGAGGUAGCAGUGGGCACAGGAAGGAACAUAGCCUACUACAAGACGAAGCAAUGCGCCACGGUGACGCUGCUCGACGCGAGCGGGCCGAUGCUCGAAGUUGCAAGGCGAAAAUGGAAUGACACACACAAGGAAUACUUUAGCCGCGUCUUCUUCAAGCAACAAUCGGCCAUAGACCCAAUCACGCCUCCCUACGGUGCACAGGACGGAUACGACACGGUGCUGCAGACUAUGGGGCUAUGCUCGACGCCAGAGCCAGUGAAGCUACUGCAGAACCUAGAGGCGUGCACCAACGAAGACGGACAGAUACUGCUUUUGGAGCAUGGAAAGUCGCACUACGAGUGGCUGGACAAGAUUCUGGACAAGACGGCGCCCGCACAUGCGAACGAGCACGGCUGCUGGUGGAACAAAGACAUUGGCAAGAUUGUCGAAGAAAGCGGGCUGGAGGUUGUCGAGAUGAAGCGCUACAACUUGGGCACAACGUGGUGGCUCCAGCUGAAGCCGAGAAAGGGCAUACGGCAGCAGCGGACCGAGACGCUUGCAGGCGGGCAACCGCUCGCCGCGCAAGCCGGGUCCGCAAUUGGGCAGAAGCCAUGGUGGUGGUGGUGGAGUUGA